AGAGAGAGAGAGAGAGAGAGAGAGGAAAGAGAGAGAGAGAGAGAGAAAGUGCAUUGACGUUAAUCUCGCUCCGUUCGCAGACACCGGGCCAGGCGAUCGCACAGUGCUGGUGACUUCGGUGAUCAAUUGUCGCGGUGGCGCGUACUGGCGCAGGACGAUCGUCGUCCGCAAGGAGAGUGCGGAGGCGUUUUCAUGGCGCGCGGCGACGCGGCGGCGGGGACAGUGCGUGCGCCCUCAACAUCGAAGUACGAGGCAGAGCGAGCGACGUGAGAGGUCUGUGCAAGAGCGAGUGAACGUGAUACGGGGAGCUCGACGGCACGUCGUCGGCCAGCGAACGAACAGGAGCAUCGGCCGAUUAAACACGACGACGACGACGACGACGACGACAGCGACAGCGACGGCGGCGGCGCAUACACACGCACGCACCCGAGUGCGUCACCGCCCAUAUGUGAUGUGUUCCGUGUGUGCGAGCGAAUGAGUAAUCAUGUACUGUCAAGACAAGGGUUCGACCGCCUCGAAGAGCAAAGAGGGGCCUGUGACAAUGCGGGAGAAAAAGGGUGGUGCUCUCAGUAGAGUACAAAAAUUAAAAAAACGUCUCAGUCAUAGUUUUGGACGACUUUCUAUAUCAAAAGAAGAGGCUGAUGAUGCAACAACCAGAGGCCAAUUGCCAUAUAAUGGCUAUUCUGAGGAGUUCCUAGACCGCUUGGAGCCAAAUGGCAACAUACCUGCGGACAAAGAUCGCCGUUAUGAAUGGACGGGUGUGGGCGACCAUGAGAGAGUGCAUCGACAGCUUUCGGUUUCUAGCGAUUCCAAGCUUCUCGAUGAAGAUAUACGGGAAGAAGCUAGGGUAAUUCUGCGGCCGCGGCGUCCGCCGCGACCAAAGUCAGAAGCUUUCCUCGGACCAGAUCCACCACCUAGGAGAACUAAAAGAUUUUCCGCCUUUGGGGGAGAUUCGCCGUUCGGUAAAUCCGAAGCUUAUAUAAAACUGGAGCAAUUAGGGGAAGGAUCAUACGCCACAGUGUUCAAAGGCUACAGCCAUCUCACUAAUCAGGUGGUGGCUCUUAAAGAAAUUAGACUGCAAGAGGAAGAAGGAGCUCCAUUUACUGCCAUUCGCGAGGCAAGCCUCCUUAAGGAAUUAAAACAUAGCAAUAUCGUGACCCUGCACGAUAUCAUUCAUACACGCGAGACGCUCACCUUUGUAUUCGAAUAUGUUCACACCGAUCUGUCGCAGUAUAUGGAGAGGUACGGGAGCGGCAACGGGGGACUGGACCCGCGUAACGUCAAAUUGUUUCUUUUUCAAUUGUUGCGGGGACUCGCGUACUGUCAUCGCAGGAGGGUUCUGCACAGAGACGUAAAGCCGCAGAACUUAUUAAUCAGCGAGAUAGGAGAGCUUAAAUUGGCGGACUUUGGACUGGCGAGGGCGAAAUCCGUGCCGUCGCACACGUACUCGCACGAAGUCGUGACCCUAUGGUACAGACCGCCCGACGUUCUUUUAGGUUCCACAGAGUAUUCCACCUCGCUCGACAUGUGGGGAGUGGGCUGCAUAUUUGUGGAAAUGUUAACGGGCGAACCGACAUUCCCAGGUGUGCGCUGCACAUACGACCAGCUCGAUAAGAUAUUUAAAGUGCUGGGCACACCUACCGAGGAGACCUGGCCCGGCGUCACGCAUCUGCCCGGGUACAAGGCGCACAGACUGUUAUUUUAUCCACCGCGAAAACUCGGGCUCUCCUUCCCCCGGCUCUACGACAUCGCCGACGGCGACAGUAUGGCGUCGUCGCUCCUGCAGCUGAAUCCCGAUCAGCGGAUAGGGGCGGAGGAAGCGCUACGGCAUCCCUAUUUCACCUCUCUUCCUAGGAAACUGUAUGAAUUACCUGACGAAGUGUCGAUAUUCAGCGUAGAAGGUUGUCAUUUGUAUACAAACUCGAGGCAGGAGUGCGCGGAUUCGCGUCACACGACUCUUAAGACUUCGUUUGCUUUAAGGCAGACGUUAAAGGAGUAAAUUAUAAGUAAAUUCGCAAUUUACACAUUGAAACAUUCAUCCUCAUCAGAUCCAUAUGUUCACACACACGCAUACAUAUACACACACACAUACACAACACACCCUACACAUACAAACGCACACAUGCACCACUCCCAGGCGCGUUGUUCGCUCUCUCUCAGGGCUGCUCCAUGAUUUCUCCCCGCUAAACAAUAUUCUUUUCUCCUUCUUUUCACUUUUUUCCAAAAAUAUACGUAUCGAGUAAAUUAAUUAUUAAUGAAAAUAACUGGUCAAGGAAACAAGAAAGUAAAGCUUACGGCUAAAAGUAAAAAAAAAAGUUUUAAGAACUUGCGCACGCUCGAUUUAGGAAGCAAAAGCACGCACGACCCAUCCUCGCACUUCGUCCAAAUAUUAGAUUUAGGUCGACACCAAUCAAAAGGGAAAAAAAAAAGUACCAUACCGCCGCCCUACGCUCCCCCUUUGAUCCCAGCCCAAGCCAAGUAGGGUGGGCGGCCGCUGGUUAGCAAAACUAUUGCGAAGUAAUUAUUACUUGUCUUAGAAAAAUUGUGGAAGACCUGUAGCACUUUAUAUAAACGAAACUUUUACCGCGCUGUUUUGAGCACGAUGUUGGACACUGGGACAGUUGACAAUAUUGAUAGACAAAAGAAAAAAAAAAAGGAGAGAUAAGGAAGAGAUAAGGAUAAUCGUUGUUCAAAUUAAAUUAAUUGUUAGACGUGAUAGUGAGUAAGUAAGAGCUUAGAGAAAAAAAAAACUGUGUGUCGAUAUUAAUCAAGUGCCAUAGUGAUCAACAUUGCGGGACGCAGCGGGAGAAAACUAACUGAACGCUCAUCGUUGAUAGUACUGACGGUAGUGAUUUAGAUGUAAGUAAUUAGCGUUAGAUCGUAUUUAAUAUCAAUCGAAGUUUAUCGACAAUGUCGCAACGUAGCGUAAAAUAAUAGUCGAAUCGUGAGAGGGAGAGAAGGAAACGAGGAGUAGUGAUUUUAGACUCGUCGAAAUUCUUCAUUUGUUCAAUUCGCUGAUAAUUAUUAUCGACAUUAGCCAAAUGGUGCUCGAAUUGUAAACUGUGACGUGUUUAAUCGACCUUGUACUCGUGGCGUAAUUAUUUAACGAGUAUCCGUUCGAUUUUCUAAAAUCUUACUGGAUAAACUAGCGUUGGCAAUAGUAGAAAUAGGGGGAAAGAAAUAAGACGGCGUUACAGUUCUUCCAAAUUUUGUCUAAGCUAAUUGACGAUUAUUGCGGUAAUAUUACUCCUUUUCGUAGGUUACAUUUAUACCGAUUUUUCAGCACACUUAUUAAGAAAAAAAAAUAAAAAUAUAUCAACGAGGUGAAAGUAAAAGAAAGGAGAAGAAAUUUUGAAGAGAUUUGAGAGACAUGUUAUUACUAUUACUACCGAUUUAUUGCGUUUAUUUCGGUAGAUUGUAUAUAGAAUUAUCAAAUUCGUAUUAUCGAUGAUGCUGAGAUAGUUGAGUCGAGAUAAUAAAUGUGAAUUUGUAAUAAAUUCAGACGUAUGGUACUCUAGACACCUGUUCAUCCUUGAUUCGGCAGUGAUAUUACAGGGCUAGCGAAGUAGCAUUAAAUACAAACUAGUUGUGUUGCGGAGGUACACAAUCAGCUACAUUUAACAUGAAAUGCCAAACACAUUGUAAGAAAAUUAUAUUUCGCUCAUAAAACACUCUUGGGAAAUUUAUUUUUACACCUUACAAAAAAAAAA